GGGGCGCGAAAAUUCCUUCCGGCCGUGCCGGCUCCGGCGUGUCCUCGGGCUGUGCGGUUCCUGCCCGGCCUGUUGGUUCGCUGCGAGCUCUCAUGGAGACUUUGUUCCACGCCGGCAUGUCGGAACUAGACAUUGAGGGCUCCGACAAGGGACGCGAAUCCGCCUGUCAGCCGGCGCGCGGGAGCGGGCACCUGGGCCAUAAGCACCGAGGACCGGCGAGGAAACGGGCAUUUGCACUUUUUAUCAAAUCAAGACGAGUAUCUAAAAGCAGUAACCCAGAAUUGGAUGAGGAAAAUGUACAUUGGGAAUGCUGUGGACAGCGGUUUGAUAACGAAGUGUGCAUUCACAAGCAUGUGGGAAAUGAACAUAUGCCUGAGGUCCUACAACAAACUGAAGCUAUUUUCAAUUUGUUAGGACAAAAGAAAUCCAAGCUAACAAGAAAGCAUGAUUCUGCAUCACAACACAAUAAAACAAAGGAAGAAUUUGACAUAUCUGCAUGGUUACCUGGUACAAGUGAUAUUAACUUUGAUCUAGCAUGUGCAGAAGGCGAAGUGCUGUUAUAUUAUUCCUAUUGUGACAUUGAGGACCCGCAAAUAAUCUGCAAAUGGCAGAAAGCCUUGUGUCUUCAGCUGCAUCUUACAGGCAAGGUGCGCAUCUCUAAAGAAGGAAUUAAUGGAACAGUUGGUGGAUGCAAAAUGGCUACUGAGCUGUAUAUUCAGACUAUGCUUUCCCACCCACUCUUUCAGAGUAUGUCAAUUGAAGACUUUAAGCGGAGUGCUGGAGGUGCUCACUGUUUUCAAGACCUGCGAGUUGGAGUUUAUAAAGAAGUUGUUCCCAUGGGAGUGGAUCCCGAAAAGAUAUCUUACAAGGAUGCAGGAAUUCAUUUAACUCCGGAAGAAUUUCACAGAAAAGUGGAAGCGUUGUCCAACAAUGCCCAAGUUCGAAAGGACACCAUUUUGCUAGAUUGUAGAAACUUCUAUGAGAGUAAAAUAGGAAGUUUUCAACACUGUCUUGCUCCCAAUAUCCGGAAAUUCAGCUACUUUCCAGAUUACAUUGAUACGAAUUUGGAUUGCUUUAAAGGCAAACAGGUCCUUAUGUAUUGCACAGGAGGAAUCCGCUGUGAACGAGGCUCAGCCUAUCUGAGGUCAAAGGAUGUAUGUAAGGAAGUUUACCAACUGAAAGGUGGAAUUCAUAAAUAUCUUGAACAAUUCCCAAGAGGUUUUUACAGGGGAAAACUGUUUGUGUUUGACAAUCGCUAUGCUAUCUCUGUAAAUGAUGACAUCAUUUCAGAAUGCAGAUAUUGUGGUGCUCCUUGGGAUGAAUACAAACUCUGCAGUACUGCUUCUUGCUGUCAGCUUGUUUUGUCCUGUCUUCACUGUAGAGAUAAAGGUCUCAUGGCCUGUUGUGCUGUGUGCCAAGAAAAAGGAAAAACAUCAUCUGACACUCAAUCACGACUUCUAAGGAAAGAGCAAUGUGAAUGUACUGAGAAACGGGUACGAAUCCCUGUUGUGAUUCCACAUUAGAUCAUCAGAUAAUUCGUUGAAGCUAUCUAACAUCUCAAACCAGACAGAGAAUAAAUCAGAUCAAAUAAAGGACAAAUUUCUAUAGAAACCUACACAAGUUCAGCAUGUCCCAAAAUUCUUGACAGUUAAUUAAGUUCUUUUGACAUUUAAUUGUCUAUGUCCUAUUAUUGGAAACACUGCAACCAGUUUGUACAGAAAGUUCCCACAUUUAAUAACGAGAUAAAUGGUUUGAUCAUAUUUUAAAAAUCUGUUCCAUUACACAGAAUAGGUUGAUUUUAUAUUAAUACUUUAAAAGAGCUUAUUAAAACUUGUAGGUUUUCAUCAAUAUGCUACUAUAAAUUUCAUUUGAGAAUGGUCAUGUUUUAAAUCAAUUGAAUUAAAAUGCAUUCAGUCAAAAACAUUUUUGGUUUUCAUACCCAUUUUAUUUUGAAUCGUGUAUCCUAAAUUGAGAUAUUGAUUGUGCCCACAUUAGCUAUACAAAAGCCUGUGUAUAGAUCACCUUAUUCCACAUGCCAUUUCCCAUGGAAAAGAUCCGUCUGGCAGGAAUUGAGUCUUUCAUAAGUUAUGAUUCACAUGAGCUCACUUCAGAUCAAUCUUGAGUGAUAGUUGCUAAGACUUCAGUCCAAAUCCACAGUUAACAUCAGGACCACAACUGUAUUACAAAUUACUACAUAAUCUGUCUUACUCCUAAUGUCUAAGAUGAAGACCUUUUCAAUUUAUGGUGGUGUUCUGAUGUUUAAGAGAAAAAGUGAGCUAGAAAUGCUGUGCAAUCUGCAAUAAAUCACUACAUUUUAAAGAAAAGUUGAACAAUUCAAGUUAGACGAUUUCCAAUUUUUGAGGAAAAAUAGGAAUUCAAAUUGUGGUUCAACUCAUUUUCCAUUCAUACUAGAUAAUCAGAAUGUUAUUCUUUAAUAUUCUCUAGGAUGUUAUUCUGGUUCUGUGGUUUUUAAGAAGCUACAUAUGUGUUCUUGGAACUGAAAGAUGAGUUUUUUUGUGACUUAAUGUAUUUCUGAUCCAAAUAUUCCAUUUCACAGUAGUAAAGGGAAAAUACAUGUGGAGUGAAAUUGUUUUUUAUAGGAAACUUUAGAGUCUCCUUGAAACAAUUUCAAAUAUGUGUAUACUUCAUUCACAGCCUCCACAUGCACAAGCAGGUACAGUUCUUUGCAGGAAUUAAUACUUUAUGGAACAACAACCAUGUGAGAUGUCUCAGUUUAGUUGGCUUGUACUAGUCCAAGAAUUCUGAAAAGUAGUAAGUUUUCAACAAAAAAGAAAUCCAGAAGAGGUUACAAUUUCAAAGACAUCUUAAUAGGGUCUAUCUCUGCCCGUUGAAGCUACUAUCAAGGAAAUUAAAUUUUGUUUGAAAACCUGUUUUCUCCUCAUCCUGGUCCUCCCAGCCCAGGAAUCAAUCUGUUGAACCUUUAGUGUAUUCAAUCUAUUGUUAGUACAAAUGACUUGUUCCAGUAUAUUGGUACAGGUCUAGUCUCCUUACCCCUGGAAGGAUAUACCUGCAAUAGAGGAAGUAAAGCCAGAUGUAACAUAUAGAGAGGCUUUGAUGAAAAAGAAGCAGAAUAAAGGGUGUAAAGGUAGUAAGGUGGAAGGGCUAAAGUGUGUGUACUUCAGUGCAAGAAGCAUCAGGGACAAAGGUGAUGCACUGAGAGCUUCAAUACAUACAUGGAAUUAUGAUGUAGUGGCCAUUACGGAGACUUGGCUGGCACCAGGGCAGGAAUGGAUUCUCAAUAUUCCU